UAUAUUUAACAGCCAUCCUUGUCUUUCAUUGGAUGUCAUCGGCCAUUUAUAUCAUAGCUACGAAAGUUACUCAUACCGCGUUGGUUUCUCGGACGGGUCGGUCGUCGCCGCUCGUCCUCUCGUGUGUGUUGUGGUUCUAGUGUUGUGGUGCAGCGCCAUACCACCUCUUCAUCUCCGCAGAUUCCGUCUAAUCUCGGCCGCAUCGCGGCCAUCUGAGUUUAUUUUUUUUGUUCAGUGGAAUUUUGUUUUGUGUUGUCCAGUGACUCUAGUGAUCAGUGAAGUGUCGUGACUGUGAAUAUGGCUUAUAAAGGAUUCCUCGCCCUCGUGGCGCUGGCCAUUAUAGGGUCAGCGCUAUGCGAGGACGAAACUAUCGGCCCGAUUUUCAUGAAGGAACCCCCAAACCGAGUUGACUUCAGCAACACGACCGGCGCGACUGUAGAAUGUGCUGCACGUGGAUCCCCUGCUCCUGACAUCAUUUGGGUACGCGCUGAUGGAACUGCCGUUGGAGAUGUCCCUGGACUGCGUCAAGUACAAGCGAAUGGAAAUCUGUUGUUCCCGCCCUUCCGUGCCGAGGAUUAUCGUCAAGAGGUCCACGCUCAGGUGUACGCUUGCCUUGCCCGUAACUCUGUCGGUACCAUUCACUCCAAGGACGUUAAUGUACGCGCCGUGGUAACUCAACUGUACACUGUAUAUCUUUGGGAGGAAAUGGUGUUGCGCGGUAAUUCGGUAGUACUGAAAUGUCACAUACCGAGUUUCGUCACUGAGUACGUCACGGUCACAUCCUGGAUUAUUUCUGAAGGGGACCAAGACGAAAUGGAAAUACAUUUAAAUACUAGUUCCACUUUAGUCGUAUCUCAGGCUUACGAUGUAAAAUUUUGGGAAGAAUAUGUUUUGCGAGGAAACGCCGCCAUAUUGAAAUGUCAAAUCCCAAGUUUCGUCUCUGAAUACGUUUCGGUUAGCUCUUGGAUAAUUUCUGAAGAUGAAAACGAACAAGAAAUCAAAUUAAAUUCGUCUUCAAGUUUAGUGGUUUCUCAGUCGUACGCAGUCAAUCUAAUGGAGGAGUACGUUCUGAGAGGAAAUAGUGCUAUUUUAAAAUGCCACAUUCCGAGUUUCGUCUCUGAAUAUGUUUUCGUCACUUCGUGGAUCAUCAGUGAGGGCGAGACGGAUCUUGAUGAGAUCAAACUCGAUUCAAAUCAAAAUUUAAACGACGGCAAAUAUUUAGUCUUACCAUCGGGAGAAUUGCAUAUCCGUGAUGUCGGACCCGAGGACGGUUACAAAUCAUACCAAUGUCGUACUAAGCACAGACUCACUGGUGAAACUCGAUUAUCCGCUACUAAAGGAAGGCUGGUCAUUACGGAACCGACUAAUAAAAUCGCACCUAGAAAAGAUACCAGUAAGAUAUUUGAAGGUUGGGAAGUUUUCAUUGUACCACGGGGUGAUAUUGCGUAUUUAACAUGUCAAGUUGCCGCCUACCCUGCGCCAAUAUUUAGAUGGUAUAAAUUCAUUGAUGGCACCACUCGAAAACAACCAGUCACCCUUGACGACAGAGUGAAACAAGUAUCUGGAACCCUGAUCAUUAAGGAAGCUAAAGUUGAAGAUUCUGGAAAGUACUUAUGCGUUGUUAACAAUUCCGUUGGAGGUGAAUCCGUGGAAACCGUACUGACCGUAACAGCUCCUCUGAAAGCUACUGUUGAACCAGCCACGCAAACUGUAGACUUUGGACGCCCAGCAGUCUUCACUUGCAGAUACGAAGGCAAUCCCGUUAAGACUAUUACCUGGCUUAAAGACGGAAAGGAUAUCAAGCACCACGACACCAUUUUAAGGAUUGAAUCGGUAAAGAAGGAAGACAAGGGAAUGUACCAAUGCUUUAUUAGAAACGAUCAAGAGAGCGCAGGUGCUAGUGCUGAACUGAAACUCGGAGGACGAUUCGAACCACCCCAGAUUAGACACAGCUUUGGCGAACAGACCUUCCGCUCCGGCCCGUCCCUGCGCUUAAAGUGCGUUGCAUCUGGAAACCCCACUCCUGACAUCACAUGGCUCUUGGACGGUGAGAAGCUGAACAGCGGAGAUCGCCUGCAAAUUGGACAAUUCGUUACUGCUGACGGCAACGUGGAAUCCCAUCUUAACAUCUCCUCUGUACACACCAACGACGGCGGUCUUUACACUUGCUCUGCUUCUAGCAAGGUCGGAAGUGCAUCCCACUCAUCUCGCGUCAACGUUUAUGGCCUGCCCUACGUCCGACCCAUGAAGAAACGCCCCGUGGUCGCUGGAGACACCCUCAUCGUGCACUGCCCAGUUGCCGGCUACCCGAUUGAAUCUAUUGUUUGGGAACGUGAUGGACGUGUGCUGCCAAUCAACCGCAAACAGAAGGUAUUCCCCAACGGCACACUGGUAAUCGAGAACGUUGAACGCAUGAGCGACGAAGCUACCUACACGUGUGUUGCCAAGAACUCCCAGGCCUUCACCUCCAAGGGCACACUUGAACUGCAAGUCAUGGUUGCACCACAAAUCCUGCCAUUUGAUUUCGGCACGGAACCUCUUAAUGACCAAGAAAUGGCCGUUGUCAUAUGCACUGCCAGCAAAGGGGACUUGCCACUUAAUAUCACAUGGUACUUCAACGGAAAACCUGUUAAGUCAGAAAGUAAUGGCAUCAUAUUAUCAAACACAAAGCGUACAAGUCAACUCACAAUAGAGUCUGUGACCCAUCAUAACCAAGGAAAUUACUUCUGCAUUGUGAAAAACCAAGCGGGCAUGGCAAAUCAUACGGCUGAACUAUACGUGAACGUACCUCCUCGCUGGAUCUUAGAACCUACUGAUAAGGCUUUUGCUCAAGGUUCCGAUGCUAAAGUUGAAUGUAAAGCCGAUGGCUUCCCCAAGCCCCAAGUCACAUGGAAGAGAGCUGAAGGGGAUACGCCUGGCGAUUACAAAGACUUGAAACCCAACAACCCUAAUGUAAAGGUUGAGGACGGUACAUUGGCUAUUACUAACAUCCAGAAAACAAAUGAAGGCUAUUAUCUUUGCGAAGCUGUAAACGGAAUUGGAUCAGGAUUAUCCGCUGUCAUUCUUAUUAGUGUACAAGCUCCCCCUCAAUUCGAAAUUAAAAUGAGGAAUCAAACUGCUCGCCGAAGUGAACCCGCUGUGCUGCAAUGUCAAGCUAAAGGAGAAAAGCCUAUUGGAAUUAUCUGGAACAUGAACAACAAACGCCUCGAACCUAAAUCCGACCCUCGUUACACGAUCCGCGAAGAAAUUCUGCCCGGUGGAGUUGUCUCUGAUCUCAGCAUUAGAAGGACUGAACGUUCCGACAGCGCCCUUUUCACCUGUGUUGCGACUAACGCCUUUGGAUCCGAUGAUACUAGCAUUAACAUGAUUAUCCAAGAGGUACCCGAAGCACCCUAUGGCUUAAAAGUAUUGGACAAAUCUGGAAGGACCGUUCAGUUGUCGUGGGCUGCACCAUACGACGGAAACUCGCCUAUCAAGAAGUUCCUCAUUGAAUACAAACGCGCUAAAGGCAACUGGGAAAAAGAUAUUGACAGAGUUCUCGUACCAGGAGAUGCUACUGAAGCCGGUGUAUUUGGACUUAGACCUGCUACUGCUUACCACAUCAGGAUUGUUGCUGAAAAUGAACUCGGAACUUCUGAACCCUCUGAGACUGUUACAAUUAUCACUGCCGAAGAAGCUCCUACUGGCCCUCCCCAAGACGUGAAAAUCGAUGCUAUUGACAAACACACUCUGCGAGUUACCUGGAAACCCCCUCCGCCCCAGGACUGGAACGGCGAACUGCAAGGAUACUACGUUGGGUACAAGCUGGCCUCAAGCAACAAGUCUUUUGUCUUUGAAACCGUUGAUAUUUCCAAGGAAUCCGGCAAGGAACAUCAUCUUGACAUUUUGAAUCUGAAGACAUACACCCAAUACGCUGUAGUUGUACAAGCCUUCAACAAAAUGGGUUCCGGACCAGUCUCUGGUGAAGUGCGCGCGUACACUGCUGAAGGUGCCCCCUCUGCCCCGCCUCAAGAUGUCCUCUGCACUACUCUUACUGCCCAGACUAUCCGCGUCUCCUGGAUUUCUCCGCCUCUUGCCGCUGCCAAUGGACUUAUCAAGGCUUACAAAGUUAUUUACGGACCUAGCGAGACCUGGUAUGACGAGAAGACAAAAGACACCAAGAUCACGGCGAGCAGCGAAACUAUUCUUCACGGACUUAAGAAAUUCACCAACUACUCUAUGGAAGUACUUGCUACGACUAACGGCGGAGAUGGCGUACGCUCUGCACCAAUUCACUGCCAGACUGAACAAGAUGUACCCGAAGCCCCACGUGCCGUGAAAGCUCUCGUCAUGGGACAGGACUCGAUUUUAGUUUCUUGGAGGCCCCCAGCGCAGCCUAACGGUGUUGUCACCCAUUACAACGUUUAUACCCAGGCUCAGAACUCGGAACCUCAUCCUAACAAGGUACCUGCAUCUCAAACCAGCUAUUCCGCAACCGAACUUAAAGCCGGCCGUUAUGACUUCUGGGUUACUGCAUCCACAAUCAUCGGUGAAGGCCAACCUUCGGCAACCGCUUCCUGCAGCCCAAGCGACAAAGUUCCUGCUAAAAUUGCGUCCUUCGAUGAAUCGUUCACUGCGACCUACAAGGAAGAUGUCAAACUGCCCUGCCUUGCCGUCGGUGUUCCUCCCCCUAAUAUUGUCUGGAAGGUAAAAGGCCAGCCCCUGGAAGCUUCGGAACGCGUUCGUCAACUGCCUGAAGGAUCGUUGCAGAUUGCUGGAGUAGCACGCGAGGACGCCGGGGAAUAUUCUUGCCACGUUGACAACCAAUUCGGAACUGACACAGUCACUCAUACGCUCUCGGUUCUUGCUCCUCCCUUCCCCCCUCAACUGACUAUUGCUUCGUCUUCUGUUUCCUCCCUGACUCUCCGCUUGAAGCCAUCCGUCGAAGUUGACCAAUCGCCCGCCGCUGGUUACACUAUCCACUACAAACAAGAAUUCGGAGAUUGGGAAACUGUUCAGAUUCCAAGCUCAACUGACACCUACACUUUGGAAAACUUGUUCUGCGGCUCUAGAUAUCAGCUCUACGUUACGGCUUACAAUGGAAUCGGCACUGGCGAAGCUUCAGACGUAGUGAUCGCUCGCACCCGUGGUUCCAAGCCUCCUGUACCUCGCGCCACUGAUUUCAUUGAAGUUGGAUCUUCGUCCGUGACCCUCCAUCUCAAACAAUGGCUGGAUGGCGGCUGCCCCAUGAGCCACUUCGUUGUCGAAAAUAAGAAGAAGGGAGCUGCUGAAUGGAACCAGAUCUCAAACGCUGUGAAACCUGGCGGAAACUUCGUUGUUCUUGAUCUCGAACCUGCGACUUGGUAUGUCUUGAGGAUCACUGCGCACAAUAACGCUGGAUUUAACGUAGCCGAAUACGAAUUUGCGACUCUUACUAUGACUGGAGGUACGAUCGCGCCCGCGCGCGACGUCGGCGGCAACACCCUUACCACCGAACAAACGCUCAAGAUAAUCCUCACGCACCUCAACCUUAUCGUGCCUGUCGUCGCCUCUAUUCUCGUCAUUAUUAUCGCUAUUGUCGUCGUGUGCGUUGUACGAGGAGCAAGGGAUCAUCACAAAGAUGAUGCGGUCUACAACGCGUCCCAGGCUGCUCUGGGCGGCGGCGGCGGCACUCUCGACAAGCGCGGCGGACUCCGCGACGAACUCGGCUACAUCGCUCCCCCCAACCGCAAACUCCCCCCUGUACCCGGCUCCAACUACAACACUUGCGACCGCGUCAAACGACAGGCUGUGAUUAUGGGGGCGCAUUCGACGUGGGACCCCCGACGCCAUCACUACGAGCGCGUGCGACGACCGCGCCUGCGCCGCACCGGCUCUGGUGACACCAUAUCUACAGGCAUGGAAGACGAGAUCUGCCCCUAUGCGACCUUCCACCUGCUCGGCUUCCGCGAAGAGAUGGACCCCAGCAAGGCCUUGGCGUUCCCCCACCACCACCCAGCGCACGCCGGCACCCUGGCCCACCCUCAUCCUCAUCACCCUGCUCACUCGCGCGCUGGAUCUCAGAGCAUGCCCCGUGCUAACAGCCGCUACGCCCGCAAGAACUCCCAGGGAGGACAGAGCGCCAUCUAUUCCACUGCCCCCGAGUAUGAUGACCCCGCCACCUGCGCUGAAGAGGACCAAUACCGCGCCCGCUACUCCCGGCCUAUGUACGCUUGCGGCCCCGAGUACGACGAGCCCGCGUGCUGCGCCCCUGAGGACGACCAGUACACCGGCGCCUACGGCACGCCCUACUCCGACCACUACGGAUCUCGCCCUAGCAUUGUAAAAUCUGCAGGAACCCGCAAAUGCGGCGGAUCCCCCGAGCCUCCCCCACCCCCACCACGCAACGCGAACAACGACAACAACUGUUCUUCCUCCUUCAAUGAGAGCAAGGACUCAAACGAAAUCUCCGAAGCCGAAUGCGACCAGCCACGCAACUACCCUGUCAGGGCCCACACUGCCAAGGACGGUUUGCACAGCGAGGAAAUGAGGAAACUCAUUGACAGACCAGAAGCAAACACCCCAAUCCCCCAGCAAGCAGUCCACGGGCGGGGACUCACAGCCUACGAUACUGUGGCAGUGUAACCUGUAAAUCGAAAAAUUGAAAUUGCGCUGCGACACACACCUAUUAUUUGUUUAUUUAGAUGUUAUGGUCCAUCACCACCUAUGCUGAAGUGUCGCUCUUUAGCUUGAACGCUGCUAUUUAUUUUUGCCGCCUUUUAUUUAAAUUUUUAGCUCCCUCGUCCCAAAGAGCUACUCGUCCAACAAGAUGGUGAUACCUGUGCCAAAUAAUUUCAUCUUGUCUGUGUGUCGCGUUUAUGUUGCUAUUUAUUUUAUAAUUACCCCAACUAAGUUGGCUAAAUUUGGUCUUUCCUAGUUUUAAUUUCAAACAUGCACAAUAGUACCAUUGUUCGGUCAAAUCUGUGGUAAACUUGACAAGUUGGGUUAUGUACAAAUUAGCACUUACCUUCCCAAUUUAGCAUUAUACAACACGUCACUGAGUAGUGAUACAAUUACAGAAAAUCAUGGUUGUGGUAGUCAUUCAAAAUAUAUAUUCCCAUUAUGUGACGUGGAAUGAAACCUAUCUAAUACAUGCGUAGUAGGUACCCAACUUAGCAUUUACUACAGAAUUUGCUGUAUGUGCAGUUUAAUUAUAGUUACUUUGUUUUGUCUUAUUUGUUUAGCUUAAUUUAAAUAUUUUAACUGCUGACGGUUUGGGGUGAAUUUUACUCAUUCAUUUAAAUUAAGCUCAACACGUAGGUAAUAUGUAUGUGAUAUUUUCUAUUUUAUCCCAUUUUUUACGUAAAAUAACGUUAUUGAUACUUGCGUAGGCACACGUACGAUAGUAAUAACAACCUUUGAGUUGUAAUCAUGCUUCCAUUUUGAUGUUAUUAGUUUUCACAAUGCUUUUUACCAUUUACGUUAUUGCCAACUUGUGUCAUUAAUUUAAGGUUUUUAAUGUUUGAUUUGCAUUUAAUCAUAUACUAUUUAGAAUAAGACUAGGUAUACAUUCUUCAUUACUAGUAAUUAAUUCUUUAAAAGUGACUAUAUAAUCGAUAGUUAUUAGUCAGUAAUAAUGUGUUACACAAUAUAAUAAUUAUUAUGAGAUUUUAAUCUAAUCAAUUUUAGCUAUAAUCUAUCUAUCUAUGGACGCAUCGCAUACAAUAUACAAACAAAAUAAUACUAUGAUAGUUACCUUCAAAACAAUAUACGUACUUGACGUUUGUACCCGUCGCAAAAUGAAAUAAGUACUAUUGACACGGAAUUCGAAGUUUUAACAUUACCUACCUACUAUAGGAAUUAAGAUGCAUUUUUAAUAAUCAUUAUCGUAACUAUAUGCUCCUAUAUUACACAAAUACUAGAUUUAAGACACGUGCGUGUCACUUUCUAGAUGUUUCCCUUUAUGUGUUGUGUAUUGUGGUGUAAGCUUGGCAAAUUUAGGCUUGUAGCUAGGUUUUCGCAACUUCCUACCAACCGAUAUCUUCUCUCAACCUUCCAAUUAGGAAAUUCGGAUUAUUAAGACUUGUUAAAAUUAAAUAUGAACAAAUAUAAACUUUAUUCGAAAUUAUAAAAUUUAAAAUUAAUUCCAAAAGAUUAGAUUAAUACAGUUUUAUUAGGUAAUUAUUAUUUUUUCGGUUGUCUGCUUAUGUGCAUUAGGUUUGCGCUAGUUGGAACUAAGUUUUGUAUUACGCUAAGCAACAUGUCUACCAACAUAUUAUUAAAUGUACCAAAGUGUUUGAUUUGUGUUAAAUAAACUACUCCAACAUUAACUGCA